AACUUUAUAAUCUUAUAAAUAAAGUUAUUCACCAUACGAUACAAACAAACUUGUCCCAUUCUAUGAUUAUUUACAUCACUGUUUUGCUCCCCUCAUAAAUAAAAAUAAAAUAAGACAUCUUAACAAGGCUUUUCGAUAUUUUAAUCAAUUUUAGAUGGCUUCCGUUAAGAUUCCUGAACAGAAAGUGAUUCUAGUUGGUGACUUUGGUAUUGGAAAGUCAUCUCUGUUCAGGAGAUUCAUGUGCGACACUUUUAUCAACUCUUCAGAUAGAAAAGCAACUUUAGGUCUCGAUCAUUAUUCAAAGACGUUUCAUGUUAAUAAUCGCAAUAUAAAUCUUCAGCUGUUCGAUACUGGAGGAAUGGAACGAAUUGCAUCUGUUACUUCAAGCUACUAUAAGUUCGCAGAAGCUGCAAUUCUCGUCUUUUCAGUCGAUAAUGCUCAGUCAUUCCAUAGUUUAAGUCAACACCUUGUCGAUAUAACUAUGUGGGCGGAAUCUGCAAAAAUAUUUUUAUGUGGAAAUAGAAUUGACCUUGACAGUGAAGUUAGUGAUCUCGAUAUGCAGCAAUUCUGUGAACAAUGUCAUGGGUUAAUAUCAGCAACAUUUAAAACCUCUUGCAAGACCAAUGAAGGCGUUAAGGAAAUGUUUGAAGAAAUCGCUAAGUCGCUUGUUGAAAAUAAUCGUUCACGUCUUGAAUUGCAAGCUUUGGAGUCUCAUGGCUUCAAAGUUCACCCACCUGAAGAGAACGUCGACAGUUGUGCUUGUUAGCAUACGGCCAGCGCUCUAACUCAAUUUAUUCCCGGUUCUGAACUUUAGACAGGGAAAAGCAAGAGCGCUGGUUGUCACGAAAUGCUUAACAAAACUAACAAAUUAACUCACGGAAUUGUGAUUAACAACAAAAAUAUUUUGUUUACAUACUGACCCAUCUUUUAUUAGUCAUACCUCCGUCUAAAUAUUUUAUUCUAAUUUAAACUAUCAAAAUUCUUGCGCAUUUAAAACGCUAGCGAAUGUUAUUAGUAAUUUUUCAAUCAAAAUUAUUUUAAAAAAAGCUUUGAAGUGCUUGUCAACUUGAAACAAAACUUUAUUUUUAUUCACAAGUACCACAAUUGAUAACAAGAAAUAGUUCGGAGAUAAGACGA